AUGACUCGUGCGAAGAAGCCGCGCCUUUGGUUCGCAAUUCUGACUUUGUUGGCCUUUGUGGCCAUUGUGGGCUGGGCUCCCACAGACUUUGUCAGGCCAACCACACAUCGCCGAAGGGCCGUUAGGCUCGCCGCUGCAGGUGAAACGUGGUGGUGUCAACGGGAUGGCAUAGAUGGGAAGCUGAAAGAUUGUUUCGAAGAGAACAUGCAAGUGAAUAGCGUGCCCUUGCUGAAGAAUUAUGACACAUACCAGACAUCCUUACCUGUGAGAGAGCUUGGAAUUUCGCAACCGUUGAAGUUGUACCAGCUCCACUUUUACGUUAGGAAAUCCGAUUUGGACGCUUUUGCAGCGAGACUGACCGCAGACGAGCAGAGACCAACGGUUGCAUCGCAGCGGCUUCCCAUUCUGGUAAGUCGGCAUCCGUGCUGGUGGGCUUCCUCCGUUCCAGAGAGCUAA